ACUAGUCAGAACUGGUCCUGGCUGAGUUAAAUCUGCAACAAUUUGCUGGCUAUAAGGAGCGCGGCCAUGGGCACCCCGAGGGGUUCCUUCGUCGCAGAGAGCCCCAAGACGGAAGUUCAGCUACGAGUGACCCCGUCAGAGAUGAAAUUCUUUGACGCACUGGCGGGGAAAGUAUACCGCCUCCCGAUUACUGUACACAAUCUUGGUCGACGGAACAAGAAAAUUCGGUUUGUGGAGCCGACCAAGCCACAGUUCAAAUUGAUGUUGACCAAUCUGUAUAAAGAACUUACUUGUGGCCUUCAGACAACAGCUAUGGUGGAAUAUCAUCCUGAUAAAGAUGAAGAUACUUUUGACCAACUACUUAUUGUAGUAGGAAAUAAAACAAUAGUAGUUCCUCUAAUUGGGUUGAUUCCAUCUUGUGAUUUGGAAAUUGAGUCAGUAGUUGAUUUUGGCACAUUAGUUUCAAAUAGUAAAUUACAUUCGAAAGAGAUUACUAUUAGUAACCAUGGCACAGUUCCAGGUAUGUUUAACGUGGAAUACCGCGGUCACUUACCUAUCCUCAUUUUUCCAACCUGUGGUGCUGUGAAGCCUGAGUCUUCUAUGACUAUCAAAGUAGAUUUCUGUGCAGACCAACCCAGAGUUGUAAAUGAAGUGGCAAAUGUGAGAUUGCAAGGUCGUCCUGACAAACACUUGAAUAUUAAAGCUCAUGUGGUCCAACAGAUUAUUGAAUUGUUAAACCUGAGUGAUGAGAAAAAAUUGGAAUGCAUACACUUUGGCUCUGUUUUCUUUGGAACAUCAAAAAUUGAACAUGGACUUCUAUAUAAUAAUAGCCCAGAACCUAUAAAUUGGGUAGCAGUAAUGCAAAAUGAUUGUGUUGGAGAAGAAUUGGGUGGAAAUAUUCAACAAAGAACAGAUUUUGCUUUAAAUAAUCUCACCUAUCUAAACAAAAUAAAAGCUAUAGAUACUACCACUAUUGUCUACUGUGUUCCUAACGAAGGGAUUUUACUACCUCAUCAAAAGAUUGUAGUUGCAUUUUGUUUCAGGCCAAAGCUAAUAGCUGAUUGUAAAAUGGAUGUUGACCCUUUACAUAGGCAAGAUUAUGCUCUCUUUUUGAGAUUUGAGACUGUGGGAAGUAAAGAUGGAUUUUUGGGAGAUGAUGACUCUAAAACUAUCAGAAGUGAUCAAUUUCAGAAGGUGGAAUUAGCACUGACAGGCUCAGGAGUUCCUGUCUUGUUACAUUUCCAUUCCGGCAAAUUCUUUAAAUUUCAACCUUGUUUCAUGGGUGAACGUUCAGAUGUUGUGUGCAUUGUACAAAAUCAAUCUGAAUUUCUUCCUGUGACAUACCAUUUUCCAAAAACUGCACAUUUUAAAAUUGAUCCUAAUAGGGGAAAGAUCAAUGAAGGCUGUAUCCAGGUAUAUCCCCUUUGAUCAGUAAUCCCACGGGACAAUUUGUGGCCAAAGACUUGUUAAAAUAUAAGGACUGUGGAUCUGUAGCAAUGCUUCAAUCAACGAGGACACACCUUCAUGAUCAUCAGUCAAAUGAAAAGUCAAUGAAAGGUGCACUGAUAGCCCUUCCCAAUGACCGAGCUGCAAGUCUCAGGCCAGGAGAAUAUCAUAAACAGUUCAGGACGAUUUUCACAAAGAUUCCAAGGUCUGACUAUAUAGAUCCUGAUUUUGAAUAUACUGAAUUUGAAAAAAUAGAGAGGAGACUCCAUCGAAGCUACUAUUCAAAUCAUAUUAAAUAUUUAAGACAUAUGCGCCUGGAGAAAGAAGCAGCAAGUAGGAAAUGCAUGUAUUCAGAUGAUCCUGUAGACAUGGACAUGCUGCCGGCAUCAGGUCUAAAGUCACCCUUACUCUCUCAAGUGGAAAUACAAAAGGAAUGGUCUUCAUUAGAGAGUCUGAUCAAAACUCAUCGAUUGUUAUGUACCAGGGAAUUAGCUUCCAAGGAGAGAGUGUCCCUGGAGAGAAAGAUUCUCAAAAGACCUAAAUCAAACCCAGCCACUCCCAAGGAAAAACUUGAUUGCAGCAUAAUUUUGACACCAAAGCAAAUUCAUCAAGUAAUUGUUGGGCCCUCUGUCCUUAACUUUGGUAAUAUUUGUGUGAACUCGACAAAUACUCAUCCACUGCAUCUUAUUAAUAUGCUAUCUAUACAUAUAUUGAUUAAGUUAGAUAUCAAUUUUGAAGAACUUCAGAAAACUAAAAUAUUUUCAUAUGUGAUCCCACCUACAUCCAGUACUCAUAUUCCAAUAAUAUUUGAAACUUCUACCAUUGGAAAAUUUUGGAGAUCUUUCUCCUUUACAGUGAACAACAUACCCAGUGGACACAUCUUAGUGACGGCAGAAGUCCUGCCAGUAAAACUUGAGCUAUCUUCAGAUGAGAUAGUGUUGAGACCACGAGGCUUCUUAGUGAAAACAUGCUUCUGGGGGACAGUUAGGUUGUAUAAUCAUCAGAACAAGUCUGCCCAGUUUGGAUGGCAACCAGUAAACUCAGUAAAUGGGAUUGCUUUUUCCAUUCGUCCAGCUAAAGGCAUUAUUGAAGCAUAUUCAUCAUUGGAAUGUGAAAUAACAUGGCAGCCAGGUUUCACUUCUCCAGAAAGAGGGAAAUUUAUUCUUCAUGUUAUUGAUGGAAACACCUUAACACUACAAUGUAUUGCGAAUGUUGGUAACACCACAGUCACAUUUUUGGAACCAAGGAUAUUAUUCAAUAAUAGUCCUCAAGGUUUAACAACUUGGAAGAAAGCCAUUCUUCAUAAUAUAGGACAAAAUCAUGCAUUUUUCAAGGUUUGUGAUGAGAGUCUUUUGUCUACCAUUAAUAUUAUUCCACCACAAGGAAUAAUCCCAUUUGGGGGAAUAACUGUUCUUCAUAUCUCCUGUACACCCACUGUUGCAGAAAAAUUUGAUACAAAAGCAAAGGUUGCUAUUCACUGUGCAAAUACUAUAGACCUUCGAAUUGGUGGAUCUGGUGAGAUGGCUGAUGUUGAAAUCAAGCCGACUGUAUUUAAUUUCAGUGGCACCUUCGUUGGCGCUACCCAUAUUAUUCCAUUUGUAAUAACAAACAGAGGUGCAACACGUGCCACAGUGGAGUUUGACCUUAAAGACUUUUCAGAGUUUUCAAUGAAUUUUAAGGACAAAUCAGGACGGUUCACAAACCCUGAUGAUCCUCGUAUGUAUUUUUUGGAGUUAGAAAAAAAGUCAUUGCUAGAAUGUGGCAUAGCAUUUUCUCCCAAAGAAAUGCGAACAUAUGAAUUCAGCAUAGAAGUUCAUAUUAAUUCAUUCAGGUCUUCAGAACUCUACACUGAGUAUUUAUCAAUGAAAAAGCCUUUGAUGCCAAAGACAAUUCCACUUAUCCAACCUUGUUAUGUUCAAGCUACUGCAUUGAAAGCGCCAUUGAAACUGUCCAGGACCGAAUUUGUAUUUAAUGUCCCUUUAUAUGAAAUGGAACAUAAUAAUAAAGUCACAAAAACUCAGGAUCUUGUAAUACAUAAUAUUACAGAACAAGAGAUUCAAUGGAUUUUUGAUCUUAGUAACACUGGUAAACUUUUUAAAAAUGGCAUAUUCAAGUUUAGUGCACUGACUGGAAUUUUGUGCUCACGUGAAAAGUGUACUGUUUCCAUAAAUUUCUGUCCACGUAAGCCUAUAAAAUACACAGUUGAUGUUCCCAUGUAUUUAAAGGAUAAUUCAGCUUGCUAUAGAAUGUUAUGUCUGACUGGAGAGAUAAAAUCACCAAAGAUAAUGUUUGAUCCACCAUUUAUAUUUUUCACUCCUGUCCCUUUGGAUGUAACAACUGGGAUGGAUAUCAAACUUUUACCCCAAAAUUAUUUCAGAAAUUCAACUAUAAAUUUCCAGAUUCCCACAGCAAGACUUCUCAAUGAUGAUAAAGAAAUUCACCCACUUUCUGUGACCUUCUCAAAAGGCCAAAUCAUCAUAGGCUCUAAGAAUGGAAUUAAUAAAGAACUCACUUUCCACCUCAGUUUCAAAUCACCUAAACCUGUGUCAUUUUUCAACAAUCUUCGUUUCUCUGAUGACAGUGAUAACUGGUUUUCACUCCCAGUUACUGCAACAGCAGAAAACUGUAUUCUUACUAUUUAUCCAUAUUUGGCAACUUAUCUCGAUAAGCACAAUAUUGUCUUAAAAGAUGGAAUGGAAAAAUUAACUGAACAUUUGAACAUGGAGGAAAGUGAAACACCAAAUAAAGCAGAUGAUGGAUCUUUGGGCAAUGAGGAAAAAAUUGAACAGUUCUUUUCUGCUAAAGAAGGAUCUGUGACACAUAACUUCUAUCAGAAGGUUGUAAAUGCAGCUCAGACGUGGUUCAGUCUCUUUGGCUGGCCUGAAGGGCCCCAUUUACUUUCCAUUCCAGAGACUAUAAGAAGAGAUGUGCAAAAAAUACAGUUUUACUCAUCACCCAAGAAAUUUUCCAGACAGAAUGAUUUUUCCAAAUACAAUAAGACGAUUUAUGAUGUGUUGCUCCACUUGAGUGGAGUACUGCCACCUGGAAUUAGUUCAAGUCAGUCUUUACCUGUGGAUGACACUAAAAGGGUGAUUCAGCUUCAUUUUCAAUAUUCUUCACUUCUGGAUUUUCUCAAUACUCAAGGAGGAUGUAUUUCCCAUAUAAUGCCAGAAUUUCUGCUUGAACCACGUGAUUAUAAGAAGUGGCUUGAAAUUUCAUCCUCCACUAAUACUGCUUCCAUGGAUUCAUAUACACCUAAGGGAAAAUGUCCUUAUAUUAUUGAUAUGAACAAAUUUGAAGCCUGGAGCAAAUGGGCAUGGACAGAUAUAUUCCUUCAGAUUUACAAGGUUCUGGUUUUAUCCAGGGUUGCACCACGGUUCUCCAAUGCUGUCCCUCCAAUAAAGGUGCAAAACACACAAAAAAUCAGCCCUUGUUUUGUAUCCAGCAACAUAUAUUCAGAUUCAGAAAGGAUUCUACUUAGUUGGUUGAAUACAAAUUAUGAAAAUACUCGGCAAAUUAUAUGGGGAAACUGUCAGAAAGGUGCUAUUCCCUCUGAGAGAUGGAUAGUAAAUUUUGACAAAGACCUUUUAGAUGGCCUUGUUUUUGCAACGCAGUUAGCAACCUAUUGCCCAUUUUUGAUUGAGUCUCAUUUUGUAAAUAUGUAUACACAACCAAAACGUCCUGAACAAUAUCUGCACAACUGCUUGAUUAUUAUAAAUAGUUUUUAUGAAAUUGGUCUUGACAUGGGCAUACAGGCCAUUGAUAUCUGUGAUCCAAAUCCAAUCCUAAUGCUCAUGCUGUGCACCUACAUGUAUGAAAGGCUCCCUACAUUCCUCCCCAAGAAGGUGGUGCCAUUUUAUUGUACUCUGUAUGACUCUGUGCUAAGACAGAUUCUACUGAAAAAUACAAGCUUGCAAAACAUAGUGUAUCAUGCUACAAUUGUUGGAAGAGAUGCUGCUGAUUUCUCUCUGGCUCAGAAAGGAAAUGUUGUGACAAUUCCUCCACAAAAUGAAACCACUAUCACUGUAAAAUUCACCACUCGCUUCCUUCGUCCUGCUGAAGCUUCAUUACUGUUAAUUUCAAAGCCUAGGCAUGGAGUGGGAGGCAUCACCAUGACUUUUGCUCUGAAGGGUGAAGUCCUCAAUAUUAAAGCAAUUGACAUUAUUAAAUGUGAAACUCCAUGUUAUCAAUGGAAGCAAGUCAUUGUACCUUUGAAAAACCCCUUCUCAACUGGUGGAAACUUUAAUGUCAUUUUGGUGGAAUCUACAACAUUUAUCCACUUGCCAUCACAAGUAACUGGAUUCAGUCAACAUUUGUCUGAUGAUAAUGAUGUAAGUAGCAGUGCAUGUGAUACUUCCCAAGGCUGUUCCCAUAUUCGAGAUAGCAUAACAACCUCAAUUAAAGGCAGUUGCAUUAGAGAGUUCUCCUGCUCCACAUAUACUCUUUCCCUGAAAGGGAAUGAAUCUGCAAGCCUAGAGAUCUACCAUCUUCCCUUUGGGGUCCACACACGCUACUGUGCCAUCAUUUUAAGCAACCAAGAGAUUGGAGAAUUAAUAUACAUUGUGCAAGGAAAUGGUUUGGUCCCCUUGCCUUCCAGUUUCCUUUCAACAGAGCCUUCAAAUCCAGUUGACUUCUACAGUUCACUAGAAGAAGAGAAUAAUAAGGAACAUCCAGUUUUGUAUUUGAAAUGCGAACUCCAUCAAACCCUAGAUGUGAGCCUUAAGGUUCCACUGACUAAUAAAGCCAAGGAAAAUGCUUUGGCUUUUGCAGCACAACAGGAAAUGUCUACAAUUGAGUAUGAGCGAAGGCGGAUCACAGGCACUCUGGAGAGCAGUAGCAUCCGUGUGGCUGUUGCCCUCCUGGGGCUAACCAAGAUUGAGACUUUUAUGCUCUUUCAUAUGUCAAAGUUGAGGAAGCCUAAGUCUAUUUUAUUUACAACAGAACUGAGCCUUCCAGAACAUUUUAUUAUCCCUGAAAACAUCUACAUGCCUCAAAUUCCAAAAACUCGUGCUAAAUUACUUGCAUCUGAAGGAAUUAGUGCUGCAGAUUCAACAGAUGGAGAAGAAUUUAUUUCAAUUCCUUUACAAUUUUUUCCUCUUGGCCCUGGACGUUACCCUUGUAAAAUUUUGUUGACAUCAAGCUAUGAUGUGCGUGUCUACGAUGUUGAAGGUGUGGUAAAUGCAAACCAACCAGAUGCAACAUUUGAGUUUGAGACACCAGCAUUUGAACCUCUUACCCAGAACAUUCCAAUAAAUAAUGAAACAAAGAAAGCGUGGAAAUGUCAAGUUAAAAUAGAAGGAAAAUGGUUUUAUGGACCUGCUAUUUUACUUGUAAGACCAGGUGAAACUGUGGAAUAUCCUCUCACGUUCAAACCGAUUUUGGAGUGUGAGGUUAUGGGUAAACUUACUCUGCAAAAUAAAGUGGAUGGUAUGGUGCAUAUCAUUGACAUAAAAGGGAUUGGGAAAAAACCCCUGGCUUGUGGAACCAUCAUUAUGGAUUGCAAAGUGGGAGAUGUGGCAAAUAAAUCCAUAAUAGUGCCUAAUUAUAUGAGGACUAUUUUAACAUUUAAGGUAUCUUCAGACCUUCCAAUAGUGUGGGGUAAUCCACAUCUCACCAUAGAGCCACAUAAUUCAGUUCCAUAUGUUAUACAUGUGUGCCCUUGGAAACGUGGAGUACUCAAAGGUACAGUUUUAUUUUCCAUUAUAAAUGGAAAUGAUGAUAAUUCUCAGAAAGAGACAAAUCAAAAUAAAGGAUUCUUUCACAAACUAUCAGAACUAUCAGAACUAUCCCCCAUGUCUAUUAAGGAAGACUCAGAAGAUGAUCUUAGCAAUUUAAGAAUCUGGUAUCAUCUUGAGAUCCACUCCUCUCCUGGACCACCCCUAAAUAUUAUUGAAAUGAAAUGUAUUGCUCUGGAGACCAGUUGCAUUGAAAUACCUAUCUCUAAUCCAAAAGACAAAAUUAUUCACAUAGAUGUGAUAUUAACAAAUCCUGCCCUGAGUGGACUCCAGAAACUUGUACUGAAUCCACUGGAAACUACUAAGUACAUUGUGUGGUAUUCUCCGGCAACUACAGGCUAUAAUGAAGAAAGCAUUAUUUUUCAGCCUGAAAUGGGUGAAGAGUUCUGGUGUUUACUGAAAUUAACCACUGAACUUCCAAAAAGAAAGGAAAUACCGGAAAUAUACUGUGACCUUGGAAAGCAUGUCAUUCAGACCAUUCCCUUAUAUAAUCCUACACAUGAAACUUUGGAAUUGCAAGUAACAAACAGUAAUCCUGGAAAUUUUGUCCUGGAAAUUAACAGAACAUUACCACUGAUUAUACUUCCUCACUCCACCAAAGAGGUAACAGUUUACUUUUAUCCUUCUGCACUUGGAAGAGCUGGUCAUGAAACUUGUAUCAACUUCUUCUGUGCUCAGUUUGAAGAAUGGAAAUUCUACCUCCUUGGAGUAGGACUAUUUCCCCAGCCUAUAGAAAUAGCAGAAAUGACCACAUGCAUUGGUCAUCAGUCAUCCAUCAUUAUACCUUUCAAAAAUCCCACCAAGGAAGAUGUGUCUAUCAACAUCAUUCUAACAAAUGAAGAACAGCCUAGACACCUUGUCAGUGACAACUGCUGGGAUAGCUUCAUAAAUGAGAAUUCUGCCUUCCAACUUUGUUCUCUGUGUCAUAGACAAGGAAUCAUGUUGCCUCCUGAAGGAAAUGUAGAUAUCCCAGUGUUAUUUGUACCCCGAAAUAUGACAUUGUGCAAAACAUUGGUCAUUGUUCAAGUGAUGAGAGCAAAUGGGGAAAAUUGGACUGUUGACAAUUUUGAUGAAUUAGAUACAGAAUUUAAAAGAAUUAUGGGAAUAGACAAAGAUGAAAUCCGAGGAAUACACUGGAUAUAUCCUAUUAUUGGACUCCCACAGGCACCACUCCCUAAAAUUCCUCCAACUGUCAUACAAUGUAAGUCUAAGAAGAAGGUAGAAAUGACGCUGGAAAUCAAAUUGAUUGGUCAUUUUUUUGGACAAGAUUCUACACCGGAAUCAACACAAUUUUUAGUGAUUCCAAAAAGAAGUUCAUAUUGUAAUGUUUCUGAAGAUUACACUGUAGUUCCCAAAAUACGUGUAUUCAAGUAUGAAAUAGAAUUUGAAUCUGAAAUCAUGAAGUCUAACUUGGAAUCCACUGUGGAUUUAUAUUUGAGCACACAAUGUUAUGAUAUCCAAAAUGAGAUGAUAUCAUUGGUCUUCAAGCUAGUAUUUACACCACAGAGACCAUUCAGGACUAAUGCUGCAUUGAAAAUAGAGAGCAUAAAAGAUGGAAUCUGGAAGUUUCCCUUGAUCUUGAUGGCUACAGAUCCUGAUAUGGAGGAAAUUAUUAACAUACGAGGAGUUGGUUUACAAAAGGAAUCUACUAUGAACUUUAGGCUGACAAGUCCCACAAGAUAUCCUCAGCAAUUCACCGCCUCCUUCCUACCUGGAAGUGAUCCAGAGUUUUUUGUAAAACCUGAGUCUGGAGAACUCCCUCCUUCUCAUAGUAAAGGAAUACUCAUCAUUGUAGGAUUUAAACCAAAAAUGUACAGUAAAAAAUACAAAGCAACAUUAGGAAUACAGACAGAUGAUACGUGCUGGAUGUAUGAAAUCAACGGGUUACCACCAGAAACCACACCUCUGAUGAAUGUAAAACCUAAAGUUAAUACUACAAACCAAAGAAUUCAGCAGUGAAGCCAUCAGAACCUGGG